AUGAAUGAAAUGCGAGCGACGCUCGACUCCCUCAUGGGGAGGGACCGAAACGAAUAUGGCGCUAAUGCGAAGAAAGGCGCUUCUUUUAAAGCAGAUUCGGUCCAUAGGGUCUGCAAGUUCUAUUUGCUCGACUUCUGUCCCCAUGACCUUUUUCCGAACACACGGGUUGACCUUGGGCCGUGCGACAGGGAGCACAGAGCAGACUUGAAGGUUGCCUUUGAGACAGACCCUGAGAGGGAGUUUUACCAAGCCCUCUUCGAGAACGAGUUUGCUCGCUACCUGCAGCGGCUGGUGGACCAAAUGGAAAACCGAAUCAAAAGAGUGCAGCAGCGGAUUGACGCAAACAACCAGCCAGUGGAGCUCUCGAAGGAGAACGAGGAGCGCGUCAAUUCUAUGAAUGCCGAAAUUUCGGAGCUGCUGAAGCAGCAGGAUGAAGCUGGAUCAAAGGCAAGUCGCUUCCGAGGGUUUAGGGGAGAUAUCGACGCAGCAGAGAAACUUAACGAAAAGGUGGCUUUCCUGCAGCGGGAGGUGUCGAGGCUGAAGAAUCCGAACGCCGACAUUGCGACAAUCCGCGAGUCGCAGCUGCGCGUGGGUGUCUUUUCCAAAUUAGGGUCUGCACGACCUGCGGGGCCAUGCAGUCCACGGGCGACGCUCUCUGCCGCUUCGAGUCCCACGUGA